UUCUUGGUCAAUGAUGGAUAAUCAGCGGUUUAUGUUAAGUGGCUGGGAAGAUGAAGAAAAUGACAUUGAUUUAGAUAGAAAUCCUAAAGUCAGUGACGAAAAGGAUAUGCUAGAAGCAGCUGAAAAUGGAGAUUUAAUCAAGGUUAAAGAGUUGUUUAACAAAAAUUUCUCACUUAUCCAUGCAAUUGAUCAAGAUAAAUACACAGCACUACACAGAGCAUGUUAUGGAAACCAUAUAGAGGUUGUAAAAUUUUUAAUUGAAAAUGGGGCAAAUAUUUCUGCCAAAACUACUAUGCUUUGGGAACCACUUCAUUCUUGUUGUAAAUGGAAUAAUACUGAAUGUGCUGCAAUUUUAAUACAACAUGGAGCUGAUGUUAAUGCUCAAUCAGAAGGGGGACAAACCCCACUUCAUAUAGCAGCUUCAUAUGGAGUGUCAUAUAAUACAGUUCAGUUGCUCCUAAUGGACCCAAAUAUUAAAACAGACAUUAAAAAUAAUAGCGGAGAAUUUGCUGAAGAUAUUGCUAAAAGAAGUUCUAAAUUCUAUAAUGUAUUUGAAAUGGCGGAUUCUGUAUUAAAAACACAUAAUUUAGAGUUACUAAGCUAGUUCCUUACAUACACCUAGGUAGCUAAAUUAACUAAAAAACCAACAUUUUGAAAUAUUAUAUAGAUGAUCAUUGAAUUUGAAGUAAAUAUAAAUACAACCACAAAACAUUGAGGGGCCAUUUUUGUCAACAACUCAUGGGUUGUUUUUGUUAAGAAUUAUUGCUACAGCAAUAAUUCUUAACAAAAAAAUACGAUAAAUAAUAAUAACAUACUAUAAUAACAAUAGGCAACAACAAGAAAAAUGGUUUGGUACCUACGUAGGAGUCAGCAAGCCACCACCUUUGAAUUGAAAAAUAAGUACCGCGUUGUCGAUCUGCUAAUCAGUGGCCAGGCGUUGAUUACAGGUUCAGGUUCUGUUUUGCUCCGUCUGUAAAAUGAAUAUCCAGACUUAUGUAUUUUUUUUUUACUUAAUAUAUUUUUAUAAUUUAUAUAGUUUGUAUUUUUAUGGAGACGCUAACUUGCAAAACAUGCAAGUCACUCCCAAGGGCUUGCAUCGCAAGGACAAGACUUAAUUCUUG